GCCCGGGCCGUCUCAGGGCCAGUGUGGGUUCGACUCGCCCUGCGGGGCUGCUCAGGGAGGUGCGGAUAGAGAGGGCCUGAGGCACCCGGCUCGGUCGAGGGGGCGGAUGGAGCCGCUUUAUUCAAAGGAAGACCGAGAGGAGGGCGCCGGGAACUGGGGACUGGAGUGGACUCUGGGGCCACGGGGCCUCGCCCCUUUCCCCUCGUGGCCUGGGAAAAAUGGCCCAGCCCGAGCUGGACCUGUCAGGACUCUUUGUCGAGGGUGCGCAGAAACGCAGUGACGCCGCGGCAGGGGACAAGGUCUCUCGCCACGUCUUUCUUGGCAGAACCCGGGAGCCGGAUCCAUUCUCCUGCCGCCCGCUGCACCAAAACGCUCGUGGACGUCCCAGCCGGCCCCCGAGAGCGCCUUUCAGGGAAGGGCCAGGGCAGGACAGUGUGUGCAGCUCCCAGGGUCCCUCUGCGUACCAGGCUUCGGGAGAAGGGUAUUUGUGUAGGGACACAUUGCCAAAGAUACAAUCCUAUUCUAAGGACGUGGGCCCCCAGGUAUCCACCAUGGUAUUGGGUCCUGAACAGAAGAUGUCAAAUGAAAAUGCUUCUGGAGAUCAUGGGGAUUCUGCCAGUCUUGAUGACAUCAGCUCUGCCUGUAGCAACUCAUCCCUUCCACAGUCCACUGGACAUGCAGAGGAGCCUUUUGCCACCUACUUUGACGAUAAGAUUGCCAUUCCUGAGGAGGAGUACUCUUGUUUCAGCUUUCGUAAACUCUGGGCAUUCACGGGACCAGGCUUUCUCAUGAGCAUUGCCUAUCUGGAUCCAGGAAACAUCGAAUCUGAUUUGCAGUCUGGAGCAGUGGCUGGAUUUAAGUUGCUCUGGGUCCUUCUUUUGGCCACCAUUGUAGGGCUGCUGCUCCAGCGCCUUGCAGCUAGACUGGGAGUGGUCACCGGGCUGCACCUUGCUGAAGUUUGUCACCGUCAGUAUCCCAAGGUCCCACGAAUCAUCCUGUGGCUGAUGGUGGAGUUGGCUAUCAUUGGCUCAGAUAUGCAGGAAGUGAUUGGCUCGGCCAUCGCCAUCCAUCUCCUGUCUGUAGGAAGGGUUCCUCUCUGGGGUGGAGUUCUCAUCACCAUUGCAGAUACAUUUGUCUUUCUCUUUUUGGACAAAUAUGGCUUGCGGAAGCUAGAAGCAUUUUUUGGCUUUCUCAUCACUAUCAUGGCCCUCACAUUUGGCUAUGAGUAUAUUACAGUGAAACCCAACCAGAGCCAGGUACUCAAGGGCAUGUUCGUGCCAUCCUGUUCUGGCUGUCACACCCCACAGAUUGAACAGGCUGUGGGCAUCGUGGGAGCUGUCAUCAUGCCACACAACAUGUAUCUACAUUCUGCCUUAGUCAAGUCUAGACAGGUAAACCGGGCCAAUAACCAGGAAGUUCGAGAAGCCAACAAGUACUUUUUUAUUGAAUCCUGCAUUGCUCUGUUUGUUUCCUUCAUCAUCAAUGUCUUUGUUGUCUCAGUCUUCGCUGAAGCAUUUUUUAAGAAAACCAACCAACAAGUGGUGGAUGUCUGUAAAAAUAGCAGCAGUCCCUAUGCCGGCCUCUUUCCUGAAGAUAACUCAACCUUGGCUGUGGACAUCUACAAAGGGGGUGUUGUGCUGGGUUGUUACUUUGGGCCUGCCGCACUCUACAUCUGGGCAGUGGGGAUCCUGGCUGCAGGACAGAGCUCCACUAUGACAGGAACCUAUUCUGGCCAGUUUGUCAUGGAGGGAUUCCUGAACCUAAGAUGGUCACGUUUUGCCCGAGUAAUUCUGACUCGCUCUAUUGCUAUCAUCCCCACUCUGCUUGUUGCUGUCUUCCAAGAUGUAGAGCAUCUAACGGGGAUGAAUGACUUCUUAAAUGUUCUCCAGAGCUUGCAGCUCCCCUUUGCUCUCAUACCCAUCCUCACCUUCACAAGCUUGCGGCCAGUAAUGAGUGACUUUUCCAAUGGAAUAGGCUGGAGGAUUGCAGGCGGGCUCUUGGUCCUUAUCGUCUGUUCAAUCAACAUGUACUUUGUAGUAGUUUAUGUCCAGGAACUCGGACAUGUGGUGUUGUAUGUGGUGGCUGCUGUGGUCAGUGUGGCUUAUCUGAGCUUUGUGUUCUACUUGGGCUGGCAAUGUUUGAUUGCACUGGGCUUGUCCUUCCUGGACUGUGGACACACGUAUCACCUGGGAUUGACAGCUCAGCCUGAACUCUACCUUCUCAAUACUGUGGAUGCUGACUCACUUGUGUCUAGAUGACUAACAGCCUGAGAGACUAUACAAGAACUGCUUUGUCUAUCCCCUUUGUGCCACGCAUCUGUUAACAUCUCUGUUAGUUCAGAGGUGAGUUUUGUUCAAGCACUUUGAACAAAAGAUGAAGAUUUCCUCAUGGGAAUUGUUAUAAGCUGAGAGCUCGAAGUGUAGGUCAGAGACCCACCUACCUCACAGCAGCCACUACCAUAGUCAAAGUUAAAUGAUUGGCCUGUGAUGGCCACACACCCUAUGGGCUUGUGUUUUGUCUUCUAAGAUUUAGAAAAUGUAGAUAUAUUUAGGUAAACCUGAGCAUAUCAGAUGGAACUUUAAGGUUAUCUAAAAGUGAUACAUCUUUUGUAUUUUUAAAAAAAUAUAUUGUUCAGGUAAGUCAGGUAUUUGUUUUGUUUGAGUCACAGGUGAGAAAAGAAAGGGAAUAAUGAUCUUUUUCAUAGUGAACCAGUCAAACUUGCAAAUUGAUUUUUUUUACUAUGCCAGUCAAAUUUCACUUUGCUCAUCAUCAGUAGGGUUACAUCCUUAGUAGCUACUGAUAUUAGCAUGUCAUUUCUAAAGAAAAGAUUGCAUCUACCUGGUGAUCGUAUUUCAUUUUGGUCAUUACUGUCUUCAUUGUCACUUUUCUCAAAAUUUUUCUAGUUACUAAACAGAUAUGAUGGUACUCCCCUACCAUUGUAAUAUAUAGUAAUAAGAUUCAGAAACCAUACUUUCAUCAAUGAAUAGUUUCCCAUCCUGCAAUAUAACUUGGCCAAUUCUGGCAUUCAAAUUUAGGAAAAAAAACAAACCAACUAAUAACAUUUAACUGUGUUAAGUCCUGACACAAGGUAAUGGAGGUCUUAACCCCUCUAAUGUUUGUAUAGUUCCACAUUGUCUUUCUGUCCACUUUUCCCAUUACCACUCCAAAUUCCAUUUCUAGGUCCUUAGUCUAUUUCUAGGAGGUAGCUAAUGUUUAUAUUGUUGGAUCUCCUAGGAAAUGCUAAGCAUUUCAUUUUAAAAUAUUUAUGCCAAGUAGUAUGAAGUUAAUACUAGUCCAGAACAUAGAUUAGUCCACAUAUUGCAACCUUCCUUAGAUUCUUUUUACUCCUGUUACUAACCAUGAAUGUUUUUCUUUAAAAUUUUUUUUUGUGAUAAAAUAAUUCAUAUUUAAAAAUAAAGUUUUAGGAUAAGGGUAUAGCUCUUGUCUAGUAUAUACAGAAGGCCUUGGGCCCAAUCCCCAGCACUGGGGGAGAAAAGAAUAAAAAGUUUUAUUGUAAUUAUCUGAUUGAAAAGUGAGAUUUACAGCACUGGACCUAUAUUCCUUCAUGGAAGUACAUUUGGCUGGAACUGAAAGACAGCAUUUUCAGUGCCAUACACCCCAUCACGUCACUCCUCCUUUUCUGCUAGCUCCCUGCAGUCUUUGUGUGACAUUGAACAUCACAUUUCUCAUUCAGCAUUAAAUACUUGACCUCUCCACCUUAUUUUUAAAUUUUUUACCUUUUGAUAAGACCCUUUCUUUUUUCUUUGGUGGAUCUGGGGAUUAAACCCAGGGCUUUGGGCAUGCUAGCAAAUGCUUUACCCCCUCCAGUUGAAGACCUUUAUCUUUAAAUCCAGACACUCCCUACCUUCAUUUCUAAUGGUUUGACUCUCAAAUGACAGAAAUUUUUUUUUAAUGACACUUUAAAAUUCCUUCAUUUCUAUUUCAGGUGCUCUAGCAACUCGGCACCCUAGGUUAGAGUCCUUCUGAUAUUAAAAUGGCAGCCAAAUUAACAUCACUUACAAGUUUUCACUUGAAAAGUUGAAGUUUCAGUGUUUUGAUAGUAACUAAAUAAGUUUCAGAUAAUAACUCUAGAUGAACCAGUUUGUUAGAUUUCCCACCCUCCCUAGGCAAUUCCAUUUCUAAUUCAUUCCCAAAGAAUGUUGGAGAAAGGUUAAAAACAUAGGAACAUCCUAUUUACAACUGAUAAGAGAAUGAGGUGAUUGGUACUGAGGUUAAGUAUUUGGGGAUUUCUGUAGCUCUUCUUUCUUUUUAAUGUAUGGUUCUGGGAACACAGUUGAGUUUAGAAAAUUUACAAGUAUUCCCCAGAACACUCAACUCCUGUAGUCCAAAAAUUCAGUAAUCAACUGAAUCAGCUGAAUCAUGCUAAAACCAAUAGAGGAGGUUAAUAUGUAAAAAGUGAGUUUUGGGUGAGCUUUUUUAUAAAAUUAAGAACAUUCACUCAUUCUCUAAUUUGUGUUAUACAAAUCUAGAUUUCUAUGUGAAGUGCAUGUAUGCAUUGUAUUAGUUUUCUUUUACUGUAACGAAAUACAUGAGGUUGAUUAUUUUGCAAAGAAAAGGUGUUUAUUUAGCUCACAGUUCUGGAAGUUCAAAGGUAGAGUGCUGGCUUUGGCUUAGUCUAAUAAAGGACCUUUUGGCUGUGUCA